AUGCCAGGGCCCUCCGAGGAGUUCUCGGCGGCGGUGGUCCCUGCUUCUCCUCUGAUCUUCGGCACGUCCAACUGCGACAGGAUCUACUGGCAACUCUUCGCCGGGGCCCUCGUGCUCGCCCAGGACACGCCCUUCGUCUCCUGGGCGCUGGGCGUCGUGGGCGCCGGCGCCCGAGGCGCCGCCCUGCAACCGUUCGAGCACUACGUGCCGGUGAGGUACGACCUGUCCGACCUUCCGGAGCGGCUCCAGUGGCUGCGGGACAACGACGCCCGCGCGGAGGAGAUCGCGCGCGCGGGUCGGCGGUUUGCCGUGCGGCACCUCGGCUACGAGGGGGUCCUCCUCUACGUGGACCGCGCGCUGCGGCGGUAUGCGGCGGACCACUUGGCAGAAGGCGGGGCCGCGGCGGGGGUCGGACCCGCGGGGAGCCAGGAAGGUCACCUCCUGGCCCGUUCCCCGGAGAUGGGCGGCCAGUGCAGCGUGCCCGAGACGGCCCACGCGCUGGCCAAGCAGGUGGAGACCGGCGUGAUCGCCUGGCAGUGGCGCCCGAAGGGAGAGGUCCGGAAUCCGCCAGGGAACGCCAGGGUCCGCCCGGGCCGGGCCCGCGCCGGCAGCUUGCUGCUGGCGACCGAAGGGCUUGGUGCGAGAUGUUGCCUCAGCCAGCGGUCGCUCAAGCUGGAGCUGCUCGCCUGUCUGUACCACCAGGGCAAGAAUCUGGUCAGCGUGUAUGAGUACACGACAACGCCACCGACGGUCGUGGGCAGCGGAUUCAGUGGGGACGUUGUGCUCUGCAGGCGCCGCGAGAGAGCCGCUGUGAGGCAGAACAGCGAGACGGCCGUCCGCUGCGUCAAGAAAUUCGACCUGCAAAGGAUGAGCCUUGACAAUCUGGCGAAGCUGAAGAACGAGGCCACCAUCUACCUCUCCCUUGAGCAUCCUGCCAUCGCGCGCCUGUUCGAUGUAUUCGAGGACGACAGGGAAGUCAGUCUGGUGAUGCAGUACUGUUCUGGCGGAACGCUGGAGCACGCUUUGAGGAGUCAGGGGGCUUUCGAGGAGCAGGCAUUCAAGGAGCACGCGGUGCCGAUGCUGUCUGCAGUCAACUACAUCCACCGCGCAGGCAUUGUCCACAGGGACAUCAAGCCGCGCAACUGGGUGCACGAGGCCGACGGCGUCACCGUGAAGCUCAUAGACUUCGGGUUCAGUGCCAAGCAGUUCCUGAGCGCAGAGCACUCCGACACCCUGCAGGGCUGCAUGGGCACCCUGGGCUACCUCGCCCCCGAGGUGGUCCGAGCCGGGCUGGCCGACAGCGCCGCCUACGGCGCCGGGUGCGACGUGUGGUCGCUCGGAGUAGUUUUCCUGGAGCUCCUCACGGGCGAGCCUGCCUUCCACAGGGACAGCGGCUUCUGCGAGGGCUACACGGAGGAGGUGGUGCAGCGCGAGAUCUUGGACGUGACCGCGGACGUCGUGGAGAGGCACCUCGCAAGCGCGCCGGGGGCGCCGCGGCCGCUCCUGCGCAGGCUCUUGACGCCGGACCCCGACGGGCGCCCGUCGGCCGAGAGUGCGCUGCGGGAUCCGUACCUGGAGCAGCCCAUCGCGCAGCUGCAGCAGCCGGCAAAGGCGCUGCCGAUGGGGGUCGUGUUGGACCGCUUCCGCGCGCACGGGCUGGCGUCGAAGCCGUCUCGUGCCUGGCUUCAGGCCCUCGCCCGCUCGCCCACGCACCUGCCGUGGGGCGAGUUCUGCGUGCUGAGGAACACCUUCAAGAUGUUCGAUGCACGGGGCGGCUUUCGCGGCACAGUCGACCUCGCGGCGUUCUGCUCCACCGUCCUCGGCAGUUCGCCGCCGCCUUCUCCAGAGGCCUCUCCGAGCGCUCCCUCUCGCUGCGGCGGUGGAGAGGACACCUGCGACCUCCAGGCCGUGCCCGAGCUGGAGACCGAGGACGACGAGGCGUACUGGGACAGCUACGCCAGCCUCGAGGGUGGCGCGGCGCACUCGCCGCGCGCGAGCGCUCCAGGGCCGCAGGUCGAAAAGCACCGCGGCUCACCCCUCGGCCUUUCGGCCGUCGAGGUGGGCAGCAUCUGGCGCCGAGUCUGCGGCGAGCAGGAGUCCCUGAGCUACUGCGAGUUCCUGGCGGUUCUGCUACCGCCCAUCGAGGAUGUGUUCGAGGACGCCACCCCUGCAGGCCGCCCAGGCUACCGUGGUGCUGACCCGUUCGGGCUGAGCCCGCAAGUCGCGGAGUGGAAGGUCGACGAGCCAGUGUCCUGUUUCCUGCAGUUGCUGCGCGGCGGCGCCAGGCAGAACAAGGUGCCAGUGUUCACCGAGGGCGAGCGGGUGCAGGAUGUAGUGAAAACGAUGACUGGCGAACAUCACCGAUGGGCAGUGGUUCGCUUUCGCGAUGGACGCCACGCCUUCUUCGACUACAUGGACGUCAACCGAGAGUUGGUGCAACUCUGCGACCGCGCUCGCGAUGGUGAGCGGCCCUCGGCUUUUCUGGCUGCGCUCGCGGCCAAGACCGUUGGGGAGAUCGCUAAUCGCUCGGGCUUCUCGGCCUUCGUGCCAUGCGUGGCCUCGACCCCGCUGAGGCGUGUGCUCAAGCUUUUGUCGGCGCCCGCCGCGGCCGCAGGCCUUGGGAGGCGCGGGUCGAGGCAGUGCCCAGUGCGGCGCGUACCGAUCAUGGACCAGCAGGGCAGGGUGGUGCACGUCUUCUCUUGCACGGACUUCCUGGAGUUGGCGAUGCGCUUCCCAGGCCCAAGCAGCGUGCUCAAGCAGCACGCCGCCGAGAAGUUCGACCGCCGGGACUCCAUCUUGGAGCUGUCGGCGCUCCACGAUGGUCCCUUCAUGGACGCGUUGCGGACCAUGGACACACACUCACUCCCAACCUGCCCCGUGACCUCUCAUUCGCUCUCUGGUGACAUGGGCGGCGUGGUCGCUAGCAAUGUGGUGUCCGUCACAGAUCUGAAGUGGGUCAUCGGCUCUGGGGACUUCCACCUGCUAGAUGGAUCUUUGAGCGCCUUCGUCACCUGGCGGUCCGGGAUCGUCGACUCCCACCUGGACGAGAUCAUCCGGCAGCAGAGAUUGAACCGUUUCAAAGUCGUUUCUGUACAGGUCUGCGAUUCGCUUUACCACCUAUCACAGCGGCUGCUGGCAUCAAAGCUGUUACGUGUAUUUUUAUCUUCAGAUGACAUUGCCCGCAUUGUUGGCAUCGUUGGCUCGCGAGACAUUCUCGUAGAGGUCAUCAGCGACUUGAUAUGA